CCAGUUUACCUAUUUUUUAAAGGGUACAUCGACGAGGGCGAAUUCCGAACUAAGGACAUCAUGGAGGAGGAGCACCAGCGCAACGGUCGCUACCGCAGUCAGUUGGGCGGUUACCAGCCAAGUCAACGUUCCGUUCAUAUGCACCACCACUUCCACGAUGGCCACCAACAAGAGCUCGGCUCAGCGCCUCCUUUGCAACGAGAAUCAAAUAACCGUUCAAGCGAAACCUUGUCCAACGGCGGAGUGGAGCCUUGCCGCUGCAGGACUGAUCCGGACGCAAUGUUUUUAAUGAGUCUGCUGCCAGAUAUUCAAACGCUGGACGGACGGGACCGCGAAAGUCUCAAAAUAGGCAUGCGGACACUACUUCAAAACUUAUUACAUCCAUAGUUUCCAUCUCCAUAAUAUACCUUUACACUUUCCAUAAUUCGAUCUCUAUGUACCUUUACACUUUCCAUUAAAAUUAUAUCAAAAUAAAAAAUUUCCGUCAAAAUAGCCAAAAAUUAGCGUCACGAGGUUUAUGGAUGGCCCAAAAUGAA